AUGUCCUUGAACACCGCACUCGCUGCACCUGGGAGGUGCCCGGCGGCGCGGCUGAUUCUGAUCCUCAAUCUGAAGGGCUUCAUCCUUUUCAUACUCGCGCUGGAAUGCCUCCCUUGCUUCGUUAACAAUGAGGCCGUUAAGGUCUCGGAGUUCUCGAACUUUCUGUUCCAACAAAACCGCCCGGUUUAACGCCAUCUCAGCGCCUUUGAAGACGUAGUCUAAGGCUGACUUCAUUGGUGUAUCAGCUACACCACUAAGCAGUUGUUCAAGCCUUGCCUCUUGCUUCUUAAACUGAUUUGUAUUGACAGGCGUCUUUGAGAUUGUUGACCGAGAAUCUUGGCUGCUUGGCCGGCUAUCACAAUCCUCAU